AAGCAGCAGCAGGAGCAGCAGCAGCAGCAGCACAGCAGCAGAGAAGCAGAGAAGGAGAGAAGAAGAAACACAGACUCUGCCGUUAGUCCCAGAGGACCCAGACAGACCUCCAAAUUCCCGUUGUUUCCUGCUGAAUACAUCACAGAUAUACAAACAACCCCGAGCUGCAGUUGCAGAGUUGCAUAUAGAACGGCUAGGACGAAGCAGAGAACCCCCAGAAGGGGUCGGAGGCAGAAGGGAGGGGAAAAAGAGAGAGAAAGAGAGAGAAAGAGAUCAUCCUCAUACGCCAUGGUUGGAGCUUCGAGUUUUAGGAAAGCAGCCACAAAGAUCAAAUUUCCUUGCGGUUAUUUCUCAAGGAGACAACAACAACAACAACGACCUAAAGACGAUGAAUUCGUCGUCGACGACGACGACAACAAUAUCCCGAGCUCAUCUCUUGCAAUGAAGGGGGAAAAUGCCUUAGAGAUCGUAGGGGAAACGGAAUCCAGCGGCGUCAGCAAGAGCUUGUGUGCAAUAUGUCUGGAGCCCUUGAGUUACAGCACGACUGUGGGCAGCCCCGGGCAAGCUAUAUUUACGGCGCAGUGCUCACACGUUUUCCACUUCAGUUGCAUCUCCUCCAAUGUCCGCCAUGGGAGCGUUACCUGUCCUAUUUGCAGAGCGCACUGGACACAGCUCCCACGAAACCUCAACCCACCUCCUCUCCCUUGCACCAACCAAUCGGAUCCCAUCCUCCGCAUCCUCGAUGACUCCAUCGCUACCUUCCGAGUCCACAGGCGCUACUCCCUCCGCUCAACCCGCUACGACGACGACGACCCUGUAGAGCCUGAUCUCACCCCGACCCACCCACGUCUCCGCCUCAUUCUCAUCCCAAUUCCCUACACUCCUCCUCCUCCGCCAACACCUCCAUCUCUUCUGCAACUAAUGGUAGGAGAAGCCACUCCGUACCAUCAAGGUUUAAUACCACCUGGGCCACCGCUGAGAAACAGAGCUUAUCUCUCUGUAACACUGGCACAUCACCAAGCGACAGACCUCGUCCUGGUAGCCAGCCCCAAUGGGCCACACUUGAGACUCCUCAAGCAAUCCAUGGCAUUGGUAGUCUUCUCGCUUCGCUCGGUUGACCGUCUGGCCAUCGUUACCUACUCUUCUGCCGCGACGCGCGCAUUUCCUUUGCGACGCAUGACAUCCCAUGGUAAACGGACGGCCCUGCAAGUCAUCGAUCGCCUCUUCUACAUGGGGGAAGCUGACCCAGCUGAAGGCCUCAAGAAAGGGAUUAAGAUACUGGACGAUCGUGCCCACAAGAACCCUCGGUCUUGCAUCUUGCACCUCUCCGAUAGCCCCACGAGGUCGUUCCUUGGCCAUGGCAUUGAGAUGCAAGUCCCCGUUCCGGUACAUAGGUUUCACAUUGGCUUCGGUUUCGGAACAUCCAACGGAUUCGUCAUGCAUGAAUUCGAAGAGUUUGUAGCUAGACUACUGGGUGGCGUCAUCAGAGAGACCCAGUUGAGAAUUGGAGAGAACGGAGGUGUUGUUCGGCUUGGGGAACUAAGGGGAGGGGAAGAGAGGAGAAUUCCUCUGGACUUGGGUGAUUCUGAAUUCAUCUGUGUCGGGUAUAGCUAUAUGGAGGGUGGGGUGGAUGAAUGCAUAAGAUGCGGAGAAGUUGUGGUGAGCGUGGAGGAUAAGAGGGAAGAAAGCAGCCAUGGAGGGGGAGAUGUUAGCAUAGGCGGAAGGACCAGUGUUGAGGGGUGGGAUUACCAUGAUCCUUACAUGGCUAGAAGGUGGGCAAAGCAUUUACAUGGAUAUAGGCUUUAACUUCUCCCUAAAUCAAAACAAAAAAAAAUCCCAUAUAUGUCAGAAUACAAAAAUACCAUCCAUAUCAAUUAGCUCUGCCCCAGCUCAUUUGUUACAACUUCCAGGGUAUGCUUGAUGCUUCCCUUUGGUGUGAAGUGACCAACUAACUAUGCUCCAAAGGAAUUCCAAAAACUUCCUCAAGAUACUCCCCAGUUAUGAUAAAGGAAGGAGAGGGGGGGUGUUUGAAAACAAUUUUGUCUGUAUUAGUCGAUCAUAGAUCAACGAGAACACCUUGCACAGAGAUUAGAUAUGCUUGUCUCAUUCUUAAGAAUGUUCAAAGUUUCACUGUCCAAUCCCACCUUUGUACUCUGCAAUUUAACUUAGUACAAUGGAGUAUACAGUA